GGGCGCGGGGGCGGUCGCCCUCCUGGUCGGCCCCUUUCCCAGCUCGCGUUCGCUCUUGGGGUGGCGGGAGCCGCCGAUGCUCUGCUCGCGGGGUCCCCACGGCUGGAGCCUGACGCCGUCUGUUUCUCUGCUGGCGCAGAAUGGACCCUGCGACCUACGCGGAGUAUCUGAAAGAGUCCGGAAACCAGAUUUUUAAGAGCGGGAACUUCUCCUUGGCCAUCAGGAAAUACGACGAGGCCGUCCAGGUGCUGCUGCACUUGUACCACUGGGUCCCCCCUAGAGACCUGGCCGUGCUGCUCUGCAACAAGUCCAACGCCUUCUACAACCUGGGCAAGUGGAACGAGGCCCUGUACGCAGCCAAAGAGAGCCUGCAGUGGGACCCGUCCUACGUGAAGGGCUACUACCGAGCCGGCUACUCGCUCCUGCAGCUGCUGCAGCCCUACGAGGCGGCCCAGAUGUUCCUGGAGGGCCUGCGCAUCCUGCAGAGCUCCCCGGACCAGGUGCAGAUCUCCGACCUCAUCGUGGGCAUCUUCACCACCAUCAGCGGGGAACACGUCAUCUUGCGCAGUUUCCUGCCCUUCUUUGAAAAAAUCUUCAGCGUCGGCUUCGACGCGAGCGUUUGGCAGGCGGUCAUCGAGAAGCUGGCCAAGAAGGGGCUGUGGCACUCCUUCCUCCUGCUGUCCACCAAGAAAGACAAGCUGCCCCGGGACCUGAGGGUGCCCGACCUGUCCCUGAAGGGUCUCUUUGAGAAGUACGUCCUGUUCGGACACUACAAGAAGAUGGAGCAGAUGCCCAAGCUGGUGCAGUGGCUGAUCUCGCUGGGGGCCAGCGUGCAGAGCAUCGGGCCCUACCCGCUGCACGCCAUCAUGAAGCUCUGCAUCCAAGCCAAGGAGAACCACCUGUUCCGGUGGCUGAUGGACCAGAAGCCCGAGCUGAGAGCUGACAUCAACCAGACGGACGCGGACGGCUGCACGGUGCUGCACCUCGUGGCCUCGCACUGCGCCGGGUACCUGGGCCGACGCCAGACCGAAGACGUGCAGAUGCUGCUGUGCUUGGGCAUAGACCCCACCAUCGUGGACAAGCAGGCGCGCUGCGCCAUCGACAUCCUCAAGCGCAACAAGAACUUCAAGGCCGUUGACAAGAUCAACUCCUUCUUGGAUGGCCGCAAGCGGGGCUGCGCCAAGGGCGCUCCAGGGCCCCCGGUGAGCGACGCCUCCCUGCGGGAGAGCCACGCCUUCCUGGACAUCCUGGAGCCCUUCAUCCAGUACCUGUGCACGGAGAACCGCUCGCAGCAGAAGGGGCUGCUCAAGCACGAGGUGGUCCAGAGGUUCCUGCGCCUCCUGUCCACCAUCCAGGUGCUCCCGCCCCACGUGGUGUGCGAGUUCAACCACGCGUGCGCCAGCGCCUUCGUGCGCCUGCUGCUGGAGAAGCAGAAGUGGCACGAGGUGCUGCUGCUGCUGACGGGCAAGGCCAACGACGAGUCGUCCGUGGCCGACGGCCUCAUCAAGAACUGCAACUUCUCGGACCUGGACAUCCGCACCGUGAUCCAGCACCUCAGCCACUGGGACCGGCGCCGCAUCUACCUGCUGGCCUGCCUGAUCGACUGCGGGGCGCCCCCGGAGGGGCUCAACAGGAACCAAGACCGCGAGCGACCGCUCACCAUGUGUCUGAAAAGCGGAGACUACCAGCUGGCCUUCCUGCUGCUGAGCAAGGGCGCCGACCCCCGGGGCAUGACCCUCACCGAGGGGGACAUGCCCCUCCACGUGGCCCUCUUCAUCUACUUGGAUAAGCGAGCGGACAUCGGCUUCACGUUCCUGAGCCACCUGCUGGACCUGUACAGCUCGAGCCCGGCCGACUUCCACUUCCUGAGCCCCAACGCGCAGGACGCCAACGGCAACACGGUGAUGCACAUCAUCUUCCAGAAGGGGAUGCUGAAGCGCGUCAAGAGGGUCAUGGACCUGCUGGCGCGCUUCGACAUCAACUUCAACCUGAAGAACAAGGAGGGCAAGGACGUGCGGCACCGCAUCAAGAAGAACGACACGCUGCUGCUGACCUGGAACAAGGCCGUGACCGAGCACCGCCGCCGCGGCCGCCCCGACCCCGCCUCGCCGCACCCGCCGCGCCCGCUCAAGCCGCCCGUCGCCGGCCCCGCGCCUCCGCCCCGCGGCCCGCCCGCCGCCCCGCCGGGCUCGACCAUCCGCCUCCCGCUGGGGGAGGCGGCCCCAGGGGCCCCCGGCGAGCGGGUCCCCGACUGCUGGGAGCGGGGCCGCAUCUCCCCGGCCGCGCGGGCCGAGGGCGCCAAGCCCUUCACGCCCCGGGACGGCCUGGUGCAGGCCAUCGUGGCCCUGAUCCAGCAGCUGGAAUUGGGGCCCCCGGGCCCCGAGGAGGCUCCCGCCUCCCCCAAGCCGGGCCCCGCCGCCCCCGAGGAGGCCGUCCCCGAGGAGGCCGCGGCGCCCGGUGAUGGCGAGGGUCCCGGGGAGAAGCCGCCCCCGCCGCCGCCCCCGCCGCCCCCGCCGGGUCCAGAGGCGGAGGAGGCGCGGCCGGCGACGAGGCCGGAGGCCCCGGCGACCCCCGGGGAGGCGGCGGAGGAGGAGCGGGAGGAGGACGGGGAGGGGGAGGAGGAGGAGGCGGUGGCGGCCGUGGCGGGGCCGGAGCUGGAGGCCCAGCUGCAGGACUUCGACAACAUGACGUGGGAGAUCGAGUGCACGUCGGAGAUGCUGAAGAAGCUGGCCAGCAAGGCGGUGACGCGGGUGCUGAAGAAGAAGAUCGUGCUGGCCAUCCAGCACCUGGGCAACGGCGAGUGGACGCAGGGCCUGCAGAAGCGACUGCGCCACCUGCGCGGCGACAUCCAGCUCUACGAGGCCAAGCUGGACAAGGGUGCCCGCAUGCUCUGGGAGCUGGCCAUCGACUUCUCGCCGCGCUGCAGCGAGGACCCGGAGAGGAUCAUCGCCGCCACGCGCGCCGCCCCGCCCCCCCAGCGCACCGGCGGCGUCUACACCGAGAUCAUCCGCAUCUGGGACGUGGUCCUGGACCACUGCAAGCUCAACGAUGCCAUCCGCGCCAUCUGCGCCGCCUACAACCGCGGCCUCUCCUGCAUCCUGCGCAAGAAGCUGAAGGGCAUCCACACGGGCCAGCUCUCCUCGGGCCUCAAGAUCCAGAAGCGCAUCCCGCGCUGCUACGUGGAGGACACGGAGGCGGCCGAGGCGCGCGGCCGCGAGCGCGCGCUGCCCGAGUACUUCCCGCCCGCCAGCGCCGUGGCCACCGAGUACAACAUCAUGAAGUUCCACAGCUUCAGCACCAGCAUGGCGCUCAACAUCAUCAGCGACGCCACGGCGCCCGCCGAGUACCCCUUCCGCGUGGGCGAGCUGGAGUACGCCGUCAUCGACCUCAACCCACGCCCGCCCGAGCCCAUCAUCCUCAUCGGCCGCAGCGGCACCGGCAAGACCACCUGCUGCCUCUACCGCCUCUGGAAGCGCUUCCACUCUUACUGGGACAAGGCCGAGCGCGCGGGCAGCCCGCUGCUGGCCAAGCACGCCUGGCACCGGCCGCCCGCCCGGGCCGCCGCCGCCGCCGCCGAGGAGGACGGCCCGGGGGAGGGGGACAGCGAGGAGCCCGAGGACGAGGAAGAGGAGGACGAGGCCGGGGAGGCCGAGGGGCUCGGGGACGACGGGGACGACGGAGAGGACGGGGCCGGGCCCGGGGCCGCCGAGGGCCCGGAGCGGGAGCCCGGGCCGGACGCGGGGCCGGCCGGGGAGCCGGAGGCGGCCGAGGCCGGGCAGCUGGAGCACCUGCGGCAGGUGUUCGUCACCAAGAACCACGUGCUGUGCCAGGAGGUGCAGAGGAACUUCGUGGAGCUGACCAAGUCGAGCAAGGCCACGAGCCACUUCCGGCCCCUGGAGCCCAGCGUGCACCGGCUGCAGGACGUGCGCGACGAGAGCUUCCCGCUCUUCGUGACCUCGCGGCAGCUGCUGCUGCUGCUCGACGCCUCCAUGCCCAACCCCUUCUUCCUGCGCAACGAGGACGGCAGCCUCAAGCGCCACAUCCUGGGCUGGUCCACUCACGAGGAGGCCGCCAUCCCCAACUGGCAGGAGGAGGAGGAGGCCGGCGAGGCCGAGGCCGACUACGGCGAGGAGGACAAGGCCACCGAGCCGCGCGGCCCCGAGAGCGACCCCCGCGUCUUCGUGACCUACGAGGUCUUCGCCAACGAGAUGUGGUCCAAGAUGGUGAAGGGCAAGACGCCGUACAACCCGGCGCUGGUCUGGAAGGAGAUCAAGUCCUUCCUGAAGGGCUCCUUCGAGGCGCUGAGCUGCCCGCAGGGCCGCCUGACCCAGGAGGCCUACCAGAAGCUGGGCCGCAAGCGCUCGCCCAACUUCAAGGAGGACCGCGGCGAGAUCUACGCGCUCUUCUGCCUCUACCAGCGCAUCCGCUCGCAGAAGGGCUACUUCGACGAGGAGGACGUGCUCUACAACCUGUCGCAGCGGCUCUCCAAGCUGCGCGCGCUGCCCUGGUCCAUCCACGAGCUCUACGGCGACGAGAUCCAGGACUUCACGCAGGCCGAGCUCACGCUGCUCAUGCGCUGCAUCAACGACCCCAACGCCAUGUUCCUCACCGGCGACACGGCCCAGAGCAUCAUGAAGGGCGUGGCCUUCCGCUUCAGCGACCUGCGCUCGCUCUUCCACUACGCCAGCAAGAGCUGCGCCGACCAGAAGCGCUGCCCCGUGCGCAAGCCCAAGCGCAUCUACCAGCUCUACCAGAACUACCGCUCCCACUCAGGGAUUCUCAACCUGGCCUCGGGCGUGGUGGACCUGCUGCAGCACUACUUCCCCGAGUCCUUUGACCGCCUGCCGCGGGACGCCGGCCUGUUCGACGGGCCCAAGCCCACCGUGCUGGAGUCCUGCAGCGUCAGCGACUUGGCCAUCUUACUCCGCGGCAACAAGCGGAAGACGCAGCCCAUCGAGUUCGGAGCCCAUCAGGUGAUCCUGGUGGCCAACGAGGUGGCCAAAGAGAAGAUCCCGGAAGAGCUGGGCCUGGCACUGGUACUGACCAUCUACGAGGCCAAGGGGCUGGAGUUUGACGACGUCCUCCUGUACAACUUCUUCACAGACUCGGAGGCAUAUAAAGAGUGGAAGAUCAUCUCUUCAUUCACGCCCUCGGCCGAGUGCCACAACGAGGAGCACAGGCCCCUGCUGGAGGUGUCCUUGGAGCGGGCGCACGCAUCUCCCGGCCGGCCCCAGCUGCUCAACGUGGAGGCCUACAAGCUUCUCAAUGGGGAGCUGAAGCAGCUGUACACGGCCAUCACACGUGCCCGCGUCAACCUGUGGAUUUUCGACGAGAACAGGGACAAGCGCGCGCCCGCCUUCAGGUACUUCAUCAGGAGGGACCUGGUGCAGGUGGUCAAGACCGAUGAGAACAAAGACUUUGACGACAGCAUGUUCGUGAAGACCUCUACCCCCGAGGAGUGGAUCGUGCAGGGGGACUACUACGCCAAGCACCAGUGCUGGAAGGUGGCCGCCAAGUGUUACCAGAAAGGGGCCGCCUUUGACAAGGAGAAGCUGGCCCUGGCCCAUGACGCUGUCCUCAAUGUGAAGUCCAAGAAAGUCAGCCCCAAGGAGAAGCAGAUGGAGUACCUGGAGCUGGCCAAGACCUAUCUGGAGUGCGGGGAGCCCAAGCUCUCCCUGAAGUGCCUGGGUUAUGCCCGGGAGUUCCAGCUGUCCGGCCUCCUCUGUGAGAAAUUAGGAAAGAUCAAGGACGCGGCCUACUUCUACAAGAGGAGCCAGUGCUACAAGGACGCCUUCCGCUGCUUCGAGCAGAUCCAGGAGUUCGACCUCGCCCUCAAGAUGUACUGCCAGGAGGGGCUCUUUGAGGAGGCCGCUCAGGCCGUGGAGAAGUUCGAGGAGGUGCUGAGGGCCAAGACGCAGCCCGCGCCCAAGCUGUCCUACUCGGCCGGGCAGUUUUACCUGGAGGCCGCGGCCAAGUACCUGAGCCUGAACAAGACCAAGGAGAUGAUGGCUGUGCUGGCCAAGCUCGACCCCGAGGACCAGCUGGCCUUCCUCAAGUCGCGCAAGCGGCUGGCCGAGGCGGCCGCCCUGCUGAAGGCCGAGGGCCGGCGCGAGGAGGCCGCCCUGCUCAUGCGGCAGCACGGCUUCCUGCUGGAGGCCUCGCGGCUGACGGCCGACAAGGGCUUCCAGGCCUCCUGCCUGCUGGAGGCCGCGCGCCUCAACGUGGCCUGGGGCUCCGACGUGGAGGACACCAAGGGCAUCCUGAGGGAGGCGCUGCAGCUGUGCUCGCAGACCGGGCAGCGCGCCGGCAUCGCCGAGGCCUACCUGCUGCAGGGCGUGCUGCUCAAGGACUUCGCGCGCCUCAAGGCGGCCUUCUACAAGUUCAUCCACCUGAACCACCCGGCCGGCGUGGUGGAGGCGCUGUACGAGGCCACGCGGCACUGCCGCCCGGGCGCCGACAAGCUGCUGGCGCUGGCGCCCGGGGGCCUGGAGGUGCUGCUGCACACGGUGCGCGCCCUCAAGCGGGCCGGCAACAACGCCGAGAAGGAGAUGGUCAAGUCGUGCUUCGACUUCUUCGGCGUGGCGCAGCUGGACGGGCGCCAGUGCCGCGUGACGCAGGGCGGCCCGGGGCCCGUGCUGAGGAUCCUCCUGGAGCUGAACCCGGGCCUGCGCGACAGGAAGGGCCGCGAGCACCUGCUGGUGGCCGUGGACAGCGUCAAGCUGGCGCUGACCAAGCACCUGCUGGCGCGGCUGUGCGGCAUCGCGCGGGGCCUGCUGGCCGCCAGCUACCCCGGCGUCUGCCGCAGCUUCGUGGCCGGCCUGCGCUGCCCGGACCCGGCCUGCGGCGACUUCCACCGGCCCCUGCGGCGCUGCGAGGCCCGCGCCAUGGUGCAGAGCCGCAUGCAUCUGGCGGCCCUCAAUGGGCUGCUGCUGGAGGCCAAGCGCGUCUUCCCCAAGCUGCUGGCGCCCGAGCUGGAGGAGAUCGACUACCUGCUGACGGCCGACGCCUACGGGCCCUGCAAGGCCUUCCUGGACGUCAUCUUCCCCAAGCACUUCCACCCGCGCGUGCUCUCCGAGAACCCCGCCUCCUGCCGCGAGAUGUUCCGGCCCAGCUACCGCUCCUUCAAGGCCUACCGCGUGGCGCUCAAGGAGUACGUGCACUUCCGCUUCCGGCACGAGCGGGCGCGCAGCCAGCGCGAGUCCACCGACCUGUGGCUCAGCGCCAUGCAGGCCUUCGUGCUGAGCUCGGGCUACCCCGAGGAGCUGGAGAAGCUGCUGCACCAGGUGGAGGAGGACUACGGGCGCGAGCUCAAGGCGCUGGAGCUGCCGCACGAGGCCGAGCCCGAGGAGUGGGCGCGCGCCAAGGGCCCCGAGGGCCGCGGCGGCAUGCUGCUGCCCCACAAGGACGCCGAGAGCGCCGAGAGCGCCGAGAAGACGCACCUCUGCUUCAUCCGCCUGCUGCAGAGCUCCAUGGAGCGGCUCUACGUGGCGCGCGACCCCGAGGACUGCAAGCGCCUCUUCUUCCGCUUCAUGAACGUGCUGGUGCGCCGCUGCAAGGAGCCGCUGACGCCCACGCCCGGCCACACGCUGGCGCUGCUCGAGUUCCAGUUCGUGCACUGCGGCGCCGUGCUGGCGCGCCUCUGGAAGAGCGCCGCGCUCUGCCUGCCGCGCAGCUACAUCGCCCUCAUGCACCACUGGGACUACCUGUUCGGCAAGCGGGACGAGGACAAGGAGCCGGGCGACGUCUUCGCCAUCAUCCAGGAGUACAAGCCCAAGGACGUGGGCCGCGCCAUCCGCACCUUCCGCUUCCACCUGGCCUACCUGGCCCGCGUGCUCUGCGGCUGCGAGAACGGCGACUUCGACGUGCUGCUGGACGCCUUCGGCCACGUGGGCCGCGUGGCCUCGGGGGAGGCCGAGCGCGCCGUGGUGCUCUGCCUGGUCAUGCUGGUCAACACGGCCGAGCUGAUGCGGCCCUGCUGCAAGCCGGUGCUCUGCCGCCACUUCCAGGAGAUCGCCUCCCGCCUGCGCCUCAUGCGCCAGGAGUUCCCCGCCAAGGUGCCCGAGCGGCUGCUGCGCCUCAUGGACCGCGUGCUGGCCGCCGCCGACGUCAAGGCCGUGGCCGAGGCCCUGCGCGACCUGCUCUACGAGCGCGACGAGGAGUACCUGCUGGACUGCUACUGGCGCUGGGACGCCGCGCACGCCAAGGGCGCCGCCGUGCGCGGCCUCUACUUCCGGGAGGCCGACCUGGACCGGCUGCUCUGCCUGCCGCCCGCCGGCUCCUUCGUGGCCGAGCUGGAGGCCGAGCUGGACCGCGAGGAGCCGCCCGAGGAGCGCGAGGACGUGCUGGCCUCCAUCCUCUUCCAGAAGCGCCUCAAGGAGCUGCGCCAGCUCUCCACCCGCCGCAAGCUGCGCCGCGUCUGCCUCGUGGUCUCCCUCUGCGUGGCCUGGCGGCGGCGGGUCUGCGUCCGCGCCGAGCCCCCCCGCGAGGAGCCCCGCGAGCUGGGCAGCGGCAGCUUCAAGCGGGCCGACGUGGACCGCACGCAGUGCGACCUCUGCGGCGUCAAGUUCAUCCAGGGUCCCGGCAACUGCUUCGGCGAGGCCUUUGAGGGCGAGGCCCCCGAGGCGCUGCUGCCCGCCGAGGCCGAGCCCCCCGAGAGGGAGGCCCCAGAGGCUGCCGCCGCCACCUUCGAGGUCAGCGAGUGCUACGAGAAGCACGUGCGCCUGGAGGCGCACCAGCAGAAGCACGCCGCCUACCAGCGCUACCUGGAGUUCUUCAGCACGCGCGUGGACCCGGCCAUCGGCGAGGGCCGCCUGGUGGUCAGGAGCAUCGAGCAGAGCGCCUGGACCGAGACCCACCUGGGCUCCCAGGAGCACAGCAAGAUCCUGCAGAGGAAGAUCCUGGAGAACAUCAACAGGGUCUCCGACGCCGUGGAGGACGUCUACCGCAGGAAGGCCUGGGCCGACGCCGAGGAGACCAUGACUAGGCUGGUUAAUGUUCUGGCCCCUUCGGUCAGCGACGCCCGCGAGUGGCUGAUGAAAACCGAGGACCGGUUGAAGGAGGAAGGCAUUGUCCAGGAAAAUGACUACGAGAACGAAGUGGAAGACUUUGGGGAGCUGCGGCCCAAGAGGUUUUUUAAGAAGCGCGGGUGGCGCCGCAGGUAUUGAGCCCGCCGGCCCGCCGCGCCCCGAGAGGCGGGUGUACAUAGCAUAGAGAAGGCCCCUAACCGGCCUUCGCUUUCCCCCGUCCGUCCCCUCUUGUUCUCCCGGCUCCGGGCGCCCGCCCGCCUUCAGACACGCUCCCGGGCGCCCUCCUGGCUCCUGUACCUGAACUGUCACUGGACCACGGAACGCUGGAGAUGGGGGCCCGGCCCCUUUGGAGCAGCCUCCGGCACUGCCUUUUCUGCCCCGCGUCAGUGACGUGGUGGGCACGCCUUGUAAAUAGGAGGCGCCGCGUGCCCGCCCACCGGCCCUUGUUGGACGCAGGGCACUCUGGGGGCGGGGACAGGAGCCGGCCCGCCUGAGCCUCCUGCCUCCCACGUCCGCCUCCCACCCCCAGGACCAUCCCGUGGGCUGCGUGGCGCGCGGGGCGGGGGAGCGCCGGCCGGGGUUCUCCACGAGGCAGCCCUCCCCGGGAGCAGUCUGCCUUUCCUCGGUCUCUCCAGCCGUCCCUCAGUUUCCCGAGCUGACCGAGCCGCGCCUACCUCAGAAUUAGGUCAGGAAUGUCCUCCCCGUGUCCUGUGGCGUCCUUGUCCUGUGUACCGUGCCCGAGGCCCCCGCGCCCCGCGGCUCAGCCUGCCUUAUGGCGGUGGCCCACCCCUGGUACUACUGAAGGCGAGCCCCCGCUCCCGCGCGGAUAAUCCAAACUCCCGAUGGAGCUUGCGCCUCCUCCCCAGUGUUUGUUCCCGGCUGGCGGCUUUGCCACCCGCCCAUUCAGCCGUCCGUCUGGCGCGGGCUCGGAUGGCGGAGGCGGCCCACCCUUCGCUGAGCACGCUGGGACGCACGGCAGGAGGAAGCCGCCGGCCACCACGCGGGCCCGAGUGACGCCCGCCCCGCUUUGAGUGCCUGAAGGGGAGGGCGGCUGCGCCCGGCCCGGGCCGCUUUCUCUCUUUACUCUGCCCCACGCCGCGCCCGUGGGGCCCCGUGCCGGGCGCCGGCCCUCCUGUCUCCUGCAGCGCCCACUUUCUGUUCCUUGUUUUUGUUCCAGACGUUUUUAUAGAUUUCACUUGCCAAAAACAGAACCAAACACAGACUAUUGUUGUAUAUCAAGUUUUUAUAAAGCCACGUGGUUUCUCUUA